AUGAACAGAAAUCCGGGUGCUACGGACUUACUCAUGCACCAGGCUAGGGAUCUUUCGGCUGGCGUAUUGAUGAUCUCGGAACCCAGUUAUAUCCCUAGAUCGGGAAACUGGUUUAAAAGCCCGGACGAUGCUUCUGCCAUUUUUAUUGACAAUCAUCUGGUAAGACACAGAUGCCAGCUGGCCUGUGCCGGUCCUGGUUUCGUGGCGGUAUAUUGUAGUCCAUUUUUGUUUAUCUCGGCGUACGUCUCCCCUAAUCUAGGCCUAAAAGAAUUUAACAAUUACUUAAACGGAUUGUCACGUCCACUACUGACCAGAGCGGACAAAAUAAUUAUCUGCAGCGAUUUCAACGCGAAGGCUGAUUUAUGGGGAUCACCCAUCACAGAUGGUAGAGGCCGCCUUUUAAUCGGAUGGGCAGCAGAGAAGGAGCUUUGUGUUGGCAAUAGAGGGGAGACUCCAACAUGUGUACGGCCUCAGGGAAGCUCUAUUGUGAAUCUGACAUGGAUUUCCCCAGAUUUACUCCGAUUUAUUAAAAACUGGAAGGUCCGGGAGGAUGUCGAGUCUAUGUCAGAUCAUAAUUAUAUUACCUUUGAUCUCUGUUCGGAACACAUAGAAGCACCCUCAAAUCGCUUAUUACUCCGCGGCUGGAGCAUUAAAAGUCUGGAUGAAGACCUUUUCCAAGCUGUUCUUGCUUGGAGAGGCGAAGGCCCGGGCAUAGAGAUCCAACGUGAUGUGGACAAAUUCAUUAAAUGGAUUGACAAGACUAUGGAGGAGGCAUGUGACGCAGGUAUAAAUAGGAUUGGUCCACGAAAACCGAAAAAACAGGCAUAUUGGUGGCAGGACUCUGCCGCAGCUGUUCGUCGGGAUUGCAUAUGCGCUAGGCGGCUUCUACAAAAAGCGAAAAAAAGGAGUCGUUCUCAAGAGAUUAUCAACAGGCUAUCGGCGGAUUAUAAAAUAAAGCGUAAAAAUUUAAGAGUAGAAAUAAACAGAUUAAAGUCUAUAGCAUAG